AACAGCAUUUAUUUGAAAUAGAAAUCUUUUGUAACAUUAUAAAUGUCUUUAUCAAGCUUUUGGCAUAGUGUAUAAUGUUUUAUUUCAGAUAAAUGCUGAUCUUUGGAUCUUUCUAUUCAUCAAAGACUCCUGGAAAAAUUUACUCAACUGUUUUAAAUAUUGAUGAUGAUGAUGAUAAUAAUAAUAAUAAUAAAUGUUUCUUUAACAGCAAAUCAGCAUAUUAGAAUGAUUUCUGAAGGAUCAUGUGACACUGAAGACUGGAGUAAUGAUGCUGAAAAUUCAGCUUUGUAUCACAGGAAUAAAUUACAUUUAAAAAUAUAUUUAAAUAGAAAGCAGUUAUUUUAAAUAGUAAAAAUAUUUUAAAAUUGUACUGUUUUUGCUGUACUUUGGGUCAAAUAAAUGUAGGCUGGGUGAGCAGAAAAUAAUUCUUUAAAAAGAACAUUAAAAAUCUUACUGUUCAUUACAUAUGUACAUAGUAAAUUCCUGACUGUAUAUAUACAGGGGUUGGACAAUGAAACUGAAACACUGGCCAAUAUAGUGUUGGAGGUUUCAUGGCUAUAUUUAUGCAGCCUGGUGGCCAGUCUUUACUGAUCGCACAUUCCACCAAUAAGAGCAGAGUGUGAAGGUUGACUUUGUGCACCCAAUAGCUCAAACAUUGUACCCUGAAGGUGGUGCCGUGUAUUAGGAUGAUAAUGCACCAAUACACACAGCAAGACUGGUGACAAGAGUGAUUUGAUGAACAUGAAAGUAAAGUUAAACAUCUCCCAUGGCCUGCACAGUCACCAGAUCUGAAUAUUAUUGAGCCACUUUGGGGUGUUUUGGAGGAGCGAGUCAGGAAAUGUUUUCAUACACCAACAUCACAUAGUGACCUGGCCACUGUUCUGCGAAAGGAAUGGCUCAAGAUCCUUCUGGCUACUGUGCAGGACUUGUAUUUGUCAUUCCCAAGAUGAAAUAAUGCUGUAUUGGCUGCAAAAGGAGGCCAAACGGCAUACUAAUUGUGGUCUAAACCCAGGUGUUUUCACUGUCCAACCCCUGUAUGUAUAUUGUGUGUAUGCAUGUAUAUAUAUAUAUAUAUAUAUAUAUAUAUAUAUAUGUAUAUAUAUAUAACAUACGAAUAGCUUGUCAAAGACUGUUGUGUAGCGACAGUACUCACAGCCUAAUAGAUAUCAUUAAUUUAUAAAGGCCUGAUUCUGUCGUGUGUAAAGUGCAGUCAAGUGUAAUCAGUGUGUUUGGAGCGGUGACUAGAAAAGCUGCUGUGAUCAAAGAAGAAAAUAAUGAAAGCGUAAGUUCAAUAUUGUCUAUUAAGCUUUGGUAAAAUUUCACUAUUUUAUUUUUAAAGAGACGCAGGCUAUUUUCUGUAUAUAGCAUAUGUGUAUUUUCUAAAUGCUUGAUAUGCAGAUGCGUCUGUUUUUGUGUUCUCCGCAAGUGACGGCCGUGCCAGAUAGAAUGUCUUUCUUCUUCUGAAAAUGCCUUGAAGUCUCUUGGGAACUUUGAGUUAUUUUUGCUGCUUUUAAAGGCUUCAUGUCUUUAUUCAUCUUGUGGAGAGCACUGGGGAUAAAACUGCCCACCUCCCAGUUUUAUUCCCACAUCCUCUCCUGUUUCUUCAUCUUUCUGUUCUCUAGUUUUCGUGAAGCAUUACUUUCUUGUAUACAACAUCUGGAGCAUUAAUGCUCUAGAAAGUAAAAGGAUGUUAAGGUAUUAGUGUGGUAGACGAAGGGCGAAAGGUUAAUUCCUUUGCGGUUGUCCUGAAUCCGUAGAGGAUUUAGAGGAGAUCUUAUUUCUUUUGUUUUCUUGGCGGUACAGAUGUGAGCCGUCUCUUGGAUUAGUGCUCUCAGACGUGUGUUAGAAACAGCUUGCCAUGGUCACCAAAGACAACACUAACUCUGGCACUGGUGGCAAGACAACCUGCGUGAAGAAACAAAAGUGUAUGAUGAACAAUUUUCAAAAGGCUGGGACGUUUUCCCCAAAGAAGACCAUAUUUGAACCCGAACUGACCUUAGAGGUCACGGCUGACGAUGCUGAAAAGAAAACUAAUCUGGUUGCAGUGAACGGUGUUGUAGAAACAACUGCGAAUGAGCAGACGUGUAACGUAUGGAGCGUUUCCAAUCUCCAGAAUCUGAAAGAGAUGCAGUAUCUGCACCACGAGGCUGAGGACAGUCUAAUCGACCCAUCACUGGACAUGGACAAGUCGUCUCUCAUGGGUUUCAUCGACUCUAGUAACCUAGAGAGCUCAGAGGAUGUUCAGACCGCUCCGUGCAUCCAGGUGGACGUUAAAACGGAUGUGGUGCUGAUUGAUGAGGAUGAUGAUGAUAUGUCUCUAAGAGAGAGGACAGUGACGGACUUGUCCACUACGGAUGGGAACGCAGCUGAGCUUGUGUGCGGGGGGCUCCAGUCAAUCUCCUCCAACUCCUCCCACUCUUUAUGUGAUGGGCGGAGUCUAGAGCAGGGCUCGACCAAUGAGACGCCUCAAGAGAAACAGGAGCCACCCAAAAAACAAAAACGCACUUGCUGCCACUGCGUUAUCAUUUGAUGUUUCUUGGAGAAAGGGCCAGGAUUAUACACUUUUUGAGGAUUUUUCUCUUUAAAAAUGUAUAAUGUUAGUCAAUGUUUCUUGCGUCAACAGCCAUUAGUUUUCUCCAUGACCAUUUUUAACUCUCUGUCUGACUCUUAGAAUUAAACAGGCUUUUUUUGCUACUGUCCUUGAUAUUUCUAAACUAUUUUACUUCCAUAUGACAUAUUUCCAAGUGAGAGACCAUUUCAAUAGGGGAAAAGGAAGGGCAUUUUAUUAUGUUAGUCAAAGUUUCUUGAAGCAAAAACGGUCAUAUUUAAGUUUGUCAUGACCAUUUUUAUCUCUUACAGUUGACCUAGUUUAUUUUGCUGCUGUCUUUUUUAUUGAAGCCUAUUUCUGCCAUGGAAUAAAAAGAAAUAAAAAGGGUACUUCCAAGUUUUUAUCUCAGACUUCUUUUUUCUCCUCUCCAAAAAAGUAAGAAUUAUGAGAUAAAAACUCAGAAUUGCGAGAAAAAAAGUUGCAAUUAACUUUAUUUUUUAUUCUGUGGCAGAAAUGGGCUUCUAGACAUUUUAAAGUAAAAAAAACAACAACAACAACUUCCACUGUGUGAUAUUUCCAAGUGAAAGAAUAUUUAAUGAGGAAAAGGGAAGAACGUCCACCUUAUUUUUCCCCUAAGAGUGGGUGUGGCCAUUGGUAUAUUUUAUGGGUCUGGUUUCUGGUCUCAUCCACGUCCAGCUAUUUUCAGCUGUACAAAACAGCUUGUUUUGCUGCUUGAUAUUGCAAAUUGGCGUGUCUUACUAUAUUAUUUUAAUGUAUUAUCUUAAUUACGAACACACUGGUUUUCAGUGCAUACAGUUUUACCGUUUACUGCACGUUGUUAUUUUUCUCAUUAUUUCCCUAAAACGGCUAAUGGACCAGAAGUCUCACCCAUAUGCUUACUUCCGCAUUGAAGAACAAGGUGGAUAAAGAUAACUAUAAAGUUUUAAUAAUCUUUCUAAUUCAAGAGAGCAUUCAAGUAUAAUGAUAUCGACAUGGAGGAAUUAUAUUAUUGUAAUCACUUGCAGAAUGAUUUUUCCAGCUGAUGAAUGAUGAAAACAUUGAAAGCCAAUUAGAGUUCAUCUUGAUUUAAAGAGUUUGUGCGUUUAGAGUCACAGACAAAACUGCAGCACACUAAUGACAGAAUGUCAUUGUGCGUUAGUGUGAGCGCUAAAAUAUAGUUAUCCUUCUUGUUGUAAGUGGGUCUUAAAAAUUAAAAUUCUGUCAUUAAUUACUCACCCUCAUGUCGU